AGUAGCAUCAGCAGCAGCAGCAGCAGUCGCCGCCGCCACAGCAGUAGCAGUAGCGGCAGGAGCAGCAUUUAGCAAUAGCUUUCACAGCGAGAGCGACGGUAGCAGCCGCCCUCCUUCCCUCUCCCUCUCGCGGACGGCCGCAGCCACCGCACGGAGCGGGCUCCAGGCGCCGCGCGCGCAGCCCGCUCGCGAGGUAGCCCCGGCCCGAGCGAGCGCUGGUGCAGGCGAAGCGCGGACCCUAGGAGCAGCCGGGCAGCCACCGCGGCUCUGAGUUUCAGGGCCAGAGCCCGACAGCUCUGACUCCAUCUAGCGCGGCGGCGGCGGCGGCGGCGGCGCCUGAGAGAGCAAGCGAGGGAGAGAGGCGCGUCCACCUGGCGGGCCCGGCGCAUGGAGCUGAGGCAGAGGCGGCGGCGGCGGCGGCAGCAGUAGCAGUAGCGGCGGCGACGGCGGCGGCGGCGGCGGCGGCUCCAACAGCUGCGGCGACGGUGGCAGCCCAACCUUGACUGUGGCCGCGCCAGCUCCGGCGCCUGCUGCCUGAGCCCGCCAGCGACGUGCGCCCUGGGAGUCGGCCUGUGAGGUUGGACAGCAUUUGGACUUGGAAUGAAACAAUAAGAGGUUACAUUCAUGGAUAACCAACAAGAUAAGGCUAUUGUUGCCUCAGCCAACGGAGAAAACACUCUGAUUAAUGGGGUCAAAGAAAAUGACUCAGAGGACCAGGAUAUGGCAAUGAAGUCAUUUGCAGCUCUAGAAGCUGCUGCACCAAUCCAGCCUAUACCAGUGGCACAAAAAGAGACCCUGAUGUAUCCCAGGGGUCUCCUGCCUCUACCCUCUAAGAAGCCCUGUAUGCAGAGCCCUUCCUCUCCUUUGGGCCUGAUCGAAGCGCCUGAACAUGCUGCUAACAGUGCUUCUGUGAAUGCCAUCUCCCUCACGUCUGGUGUUACAAAAGGCCUGAAUACAUGGUCACUGCCCAAUGAGUGUGAGAAAGCUCCAUUUGCCAUAAUGGAGCCUGCAGGCAUGUCAGCUCUGAAUGGGGACUGCCUCAUGCAGCCAAGCCGGACUUGCUUGGGCUGCUUCAUGGAAUCCAAGGAUGCAGUAGAUCCUGAGCCAGGGAUCAGUCUGAAAGUUGGUGAUCUAAACAGGGAUUAUGAAACAUGUGCAGUCUCUGAUAUAGGGAUUCAGUGCAUCAAUGCUGGAGAAAACAUGAAAUACGGAGAGCAGCUGCUCUCAGACCAGCUCCUAGGCUUCCCCCUGCAUAAAUCAAGAGUAGGAGAUAGACGAGAAGCUGAGAAACCUGACAUCGACUUGGAGGAUCCAGCUCAGAAAAGUUAUUAUGAGGCAUUACUGUUAGAUAAGUGCAAUACAGAAGAAGCUUUGCUUGCAAAUUCCAGUCAGGAUUGGGGUUACUUUGAGACUUUCAUUAGUGAGAGUAAGAUUGAACUGCUUGACCUCUGUUCCAAGAAUGAGCUGUCUGUCAACCUAUUCUCUGAAGAAGAUGUGGAUAACUACAUGUUCGAUGAUGAUGAGUCGACACUGGGCAGUGAUGUCUGCUCCCUGAAAAUUCGAUAUGAGUCCUUUCAGGACAAUGUUCGUGACAAGACUACCCUUCUGAUGCAGGAGGAUGCCCAAUUCAACUUUUUUCCCAGUGUCUUUACUACCUGCCCCAAGCGGGAGUCUAAGAGUGGAGCCCUGAAACAGAGCAGUGAUCUUUCCCAAUUCAAGGUCCCUGACAUGAGCAUCAUCUGGGGGGAGGAAGAUAAAAUCUUGGACAAGAAGAAAGGCAAAGAGGAAGGACAGGAAGACAAAGGUGUAGAGAAAAAAGAUGGAAAAGAUAAUGGAGAAAAAUCUGCCUUAAAUAAACCAAGCAGUGGGACUGAGGUAGGGCAAUUUAAGAAUCCAAAACAAGGCCAUCUUGCUAAUUCCUUGGAGACAUCAGGGAAUUUCAGUGAUGACAGUUCCUUCAUUGAGGUCUCAUAUGAUGCUGUGGGUGAGAUCAAGGACUGUAGCCGCUAUAUGGCUCGGGACACUAAUUCUGGCAGCUCCUCCUCCCAGCAGAACUAUGGGCUGCGAGCCAAGAGAAAAGUCAGAUACAGUGAAGAUUAUCUAUAUGAUGUUGACUCACUAGAGGGUGAAAAAGUAAAUGAGAGGAAAGAAUGGCUGCCAGGUGGCUCCAAAGAGGAAGAUGAUGAUGAAUGGUGUCCCAAAAAGAGAAGAAAAGUAACCCGUAAGGAGCCCCCUGUUAUUAUCAAAUAUAUUAUCAUCAAUCGCUUUAAAGGUGAGAAGAACAUGCUGGUGAAGUUGGGUAAGGUGGAUGCCAGUGAGACAACAGUGAAUUUGAGUGAGAAUCAGCUGAACAAAUAUGCCAAGCUGGCACCCUUGAAGGGCUUCUGGCAGAAGAGAAAGAAGCAGAGAAACAGCAACACAGACUCCAUCAAGACAUCCUUAUGCCAAAAGCAAAGCUUUGAACCAGGUAGCUUUGAGGUGUCAUUCCUGCCACCUGCUCGCAAACGGAAAUCUAAACUUGGCAACAGGCACAGGAUUCAAAGAAUCCCGUCCAUGGAAACUUCAGCAAGUAGUAAGCAGGUUUCAUACUGCAAUGAUCAGAGGCAAGCUAGUAAUCGUAAAGAAGAUGGAGGCCUAAAAGGUACACUAAAGUCAGUACCUCUUGCUGCCCCCAGCUGUGCAAAUGGAUCACAUUUAAAUGAUCUCACAGGUCCUGACUCAGUGAAAGUCAAAGCCCAAGACACAGAGUUUAAGGGGCCAGAGAGGAAAGUGCUCAAUAAAAUCAAAUUUAAAAGUGAAGCCAGGUUAAAAUCCAAGAAAAUUAAAGCUGCUGGGCAAGAAAGCAAGCCAAUGGUUCAAGUGAACCCUCUCUUGGGAGACCAAUCCUCCAAGGCUAAUUUAAAGAAUGAAGUUAUUCCUGGGACCUCAAACAGUUCCCAUCUAUCUGAAUUUCAUGAGGCAAAGGCUUCUAAGAAUUCCACUUUUCUACCAACCACCUGCUCUUCUGAAAUGCCUCUAUCAUCUGCUAGUGUUGCCACUAAUAUACCUGUUAUCCCUGGAGGGUAUCUGCAGACAUUGUUAGAUGCUUCUGAUUUGUCAAAUAAUACUAGUAUCUCAUACUUCACCCACAAUUCUCCAGAGCAAAAUGAAGGCAGCCUCACUCCAACUGAAAAAUCAUUUGUACCUCUCCAGCCUGCCCAGGACUGUGUGCUCUCCUCAUCCUCUGACGCUGAGCUGCAGCAGUCAUCUCAUACCUUCAAAAUGGAAUCAAACAACAACUAUGGAAAUCCGUGGCCCAACAAGGCUACUUCUGGCCCCCAGGAAUUCAUGGUUGAAGUCUCAAGGGAGAUAGCUCCAACCCAAUCCAAUGAAUAUGGAGCCUCCCAAGUAGUCCCCAUGGAAAAUAACCUCACAGUUUCAACAUACAGUCCAAUCUGCCUCAACAGUGGUGGCAGUAGUUGCAACAAGGUCCUAUAUGCUUCUGUGCAAGAUACCCAACUCCCAUCUGAUAACUCUUACCAAUUAUGUCACUUUAGUAAUGGAGAGAUCUGCUUUCCUUUUCAGCAAGGCCCAGUCAAUAUGGAUGAUGGUCGGCUCUUUAGCUUUGAGUCAGUGGCCCCACUCUCUGUCAGCUCAAGCAAUUAUUGCUCCUUAAGCUUGAAGCCCUGUGAAAAAGAUGGUGAUGAUGAUAUCACUGAUGACUUCCUGGCCCAUUGCAGCCCCAAGCUGGUGAUCCAGCAGAGCAUUGACGAGAUAGCACCAUUAAAGGAGUCCACUGACCUCCUGGAUAUCUCUAACUUUACUCCUGACAAAUUCCGCCACUCUUCCCUUUCAGAGAUGUCCCCACCUGACACCCCCAGUCUUUCCCCUCAAAUUACCAGAUGCGAGAGUAUCAAGACACUAGGAACACUGAAGGGGUUCCAAGAGGGUGUCCCAGGAUCACUGGGCAGCAUGGAGAAAAUCAAGUGGGACUGCAGUACCCUUUCACGGCAGGUCCAAGUGGAUGAUGGGUUUACUUUAAAUAACCAUCAGUUUCAGUUCCAUAUGUUCAAUGAUGAGGAUUCUGUCAGCCUGCUCCAAAAAAACCCUUGCCUGUCAACAUUUAAUGAUCCGUCUGGUCAAAUUAGUACCAACAACAAAGUGUCAAAAUCAAGAAAGAAAAGUUCACCCAGCAAGAGUGGGGCUGUGAACCAAAGCUCUUCUCAGAAAAACACCAGGAAAAAAUCCCUCAAAGCCAAUAACAAAGGGAUUGAAAAGCCACCUGGCAAACCCUCCCGCCAGGUCCCUAAGUCAGCAAAGAAAGGGAAAUACAUGGCUGCCAUCAAUGGAGAGAAAAUGCAAAUUGGCAUUGGCCGUGGGGGAGGCCAAACUAACAACAUAUCCUCCACUGGGAAGACAUUGGCUGAAUGUAUCCAACACGGUGGUCCCAUGGCCUCUGUGAAGAUGCCAAGUCAGAAGGGACUUUCUGGAGAUUGGGCUUUGGGGAAGGAAAGCAGCCCAGGCUGGAGUGACAUGAGCGUGGGCACCAACUCCAACAGCCUCCUGGAUGAUGACCAACGGGAAUUUCAGGAGCCUUCCUAUAUCUUGUCCAACAUUGCCUCUGGUAUGGCAGAUGUACAGAGAUUCAUGAUGGCCUCCAUAGAGCCCCUUUGGGAACCCGUGGAGCACCAUGGGGACCCCAACAUAUUCUACUCCCCUGAGUCCAAUAGUCUAAAAUUAAAAACCCUCAAAAUAUUGGCUGGGACACCGCAGGAAUCUAAGAAAAAGGUCAACAGUGGGUCUCCAGGAGCCACUAAGAAUCACAGGUCAAUCAAGGGUGUGAGCAAAAGCAAUGGGAAAGCAGCAAUAGGUGAUCCUGGUCGUACAAACAUGCCUGGUUAUAACGAGGACUCUCGCUCUGCCUUCUUUGAUAAAAAGUAUAGUAACAUGAGCACUUUAGGCAAUAACGGACCGACACACAAAAAGUUGUAUCGUCACAAAUCCAGCUCCAAGGCCCUGAGAGAUGAGAAGUGUAAGGGAAAGCACAUGGAGCGAGAACAGGUCCACAAGGAUCAGGCUGGGACAGCUUCUUUUGAAAAACUGAGGGAUUCCGACUACAAUCUCCUAAAAGCAGAAACAGCAUUUUGGGUUUUACCUGUGUUUGAAGAAGAGACUCACAUUUUCCAGAAAGACAUUUGAUGUUUGUGUUUUAUUUCUUUCAAAAUAUGCCUUGUGGUAUGUAUGUUGACAUGUAAGUGCUUAAAGAAAAGAAUUUUAAAUUGUGGGAAUAAGUCUUUGGAAGCAAACUUUAAUCUGAUGUUCUAUGUAAAAGACUUAAAAAGUCAUACAGUUGCACAAGUAGUUUAUGCACUAUUUACCCACAAGGAAAAAAAUGGAAAACAUUGUGCCAAACUACAAACAAGUGACUGUACUGUAUAUAUUUUUACUUCUAUAUCAACAUUUGGUUGUGAGUAUUUGGGGAGCUUGUCCCUGUUAAUUUACUAGAAACAUUCCAGUGAUUCUUGCUAUUAACCACCCCCACUUAUGUGGAUAGCACCUGUAGAUCACAGUGGAAAAAAUGUUGUGUUACACAAUUUACCAAAACUUAAAGGAUACUGUUUG